GUAACUCUAACAGCAUUAUCUCAUCUAAUCUCAAAACUGUUUCUGUACAGUUUUGUAUUGACUGAAAUCAAGAUUACAACACAUAUCAGUUAAUCAAUAUGCGCUUAUUCAUCGACAUUUAUGAAGUCCGAAAAUGAUUCUAAAGCAAUCUAUUUUAUAUGUACUGAAAUUUCUGAUUUCUAAUAGUUGAUGAAUCCAAGUAAAUUGUCCAAUGACUCCAUAUAUCCUUCUUGUGUACCAGCAAUAAUUAGAAAGAUAAGUCAGUGUAUCCACAAGUAAAUAUAUUAGAAAUCAGCAAUAAAAAACUGUCUAGACUGAGAGGGUACUGAUGACUGGGUUUAUGCUCAGUUUGCAAUCAAGAUUUUAUUAACCCAUUUGUACCGGAAUUUAAAUCUCACGCACACACAUAUAUAUUAAAUACACUACUAUUCAAAUGAAUUUUCCUGUUGAUCAUUUCUUUAUCUUAAUAAAUGCAUUUGUACACUUAAUUGUAAGCAUACAGUUGGUUUGGCUGAAUCCACAUGUAACUGAAGAAACAAUAAUAAAUGCACCGAAAGUAUAUCUCAUUCAUCCUGGUCCAUCUGUUUCAGGGAGUCACUUAAUGAAGAAUCAAUUUCAAUCAUAUAACGGUUCAUAUUUUGAGAAACCACAUAAUUAUAAAUUCAAAAAACACAAAAUGAAUAUUAAUACUACUAAUAGUCAUAAUAGUAGAUUUUCUAAUGGAACUCGAACCAAUUCAAAAUCGACGCACAAAAAGAUUUUUAAAGAUCAUAACAUAUCAAAGAACACAUUAUUCGAUGAAAAAUUACAUGAAAAAAUAAACUAUUUUAUACCAAAGUCACUAAAAUUUGAGCCAGAGAAAGAUUUGGCCAUAUUAUAUCCAGAAAGCAAUUGGCUUGACCCAUGCAAAGCCACUGCAUACUAUGGGGAUAUAGCGUUGGAUGAACACGAAUCUCAGAUGAUGUUGUCAAAAGGCAUGGUAUUAUCUGAUGAUCCAUUACAAAUAUGGGAUUUGGAAGAUAAUAAGGAAACGAACAAUAGGAGAAAUAAACAUUCUAACAUCCCUAAUUCAAAACCAUUGGAUGAUAUUAAAAUUGAAAUGAGCACUCGUUUAGUUGGCAACUCACGUCAUUUGAAACAAAAGCAUAUUCAAAAUUACAAAGAUAUGGCAGACAGAAUUCUUCCACAAAAACUCAAAAAUCUAACAAGUAGACGAAGGGAGCUAUCAAAAAAGUUUGACCAAAGCUGGCACAGAAGAAGGAAUGAGUUACUUAAACGUCGAAGAGAUAGCCAACUUAAGGCCAAAACACAAGCUUUUAUUCAGUUAAACAAAUUAUAUCAACAGAAAGCUGACAUAUUAAUGUUUACUCCUGAACAAGGAAAAAAGAAAGAGUUUUCUCAAGGUAAAAGAAGGUCUAAAAGAGCAGCUACAGCUUAUGUUUCAAGAACAUGGACAAACGGAGUUAUUCCAUACAUUAUACAAGCAAAUUUUUCAAGUGAAACUAAAGCUACGAUUAUGAAAGCUAUGAGACAUUGGGAAAAUUAUACCUGUCUUAGCUUUGUUGAAAGGCAACCACAUCACAGAUCCUAUAUAAUCUUCACUGAAAAGGCAUGUGGGUGUUGUUCAUACGUGGGACGACGUAGCGAAGAUGAACCACAAGCUAUAUCAAUCGGGAAAAAUUGUGACAAGAAAGGAAUAGUAAUUCAUGAACUUGGUCAUGUGAUUGGGUUUUGGCAUGAACACACUAGACCUGAUCGAGAUGAACAUGUAGAUAUUCUACUCGAUAAUGUUGUUGAAGGACAAGAUUUUAAUUUUAAAAAAAUGGACCCAGGUGAAGUGAACUCUCUUGGUGAACCAUAUGACUAUAGUUCUAUUAUGCAUUACGCUAAAGGAACAUUUGCUAAAGCGAAUAAAGAUGAAACAAUUAGACCAAAAGCUUGUUGUCCACGACCACCAAUUGGUCAACGUAUUCAGUUAAGUCCUGGUGAUAUUCGACAAACGAAUAAACUUUAUUUAUGUCCAGCAUGUGGUCGUACACUUUUAGAACCAGUAGGAAGUUUGUCUUCACCACAAAUGGCAUGGAAAUUAGAAGAUCGUUUCGGUGGUAAUGCCAACUCUUCAUUAUUUCCGGACCCGAUAGGUUUAGAGCAAUCAAUUCAACUAGGAAAUGCUAUAUCAGUUGAUCAUCUUUUACCAGAUGAUAACGAGAAUAUGUAUCAUCCUUAUCGAUCAUUAACAAAUGGUAAUACAAUUGAUGGUGGUGAAGAUCAUAGUUUAAUCGGUAUGGUCAAUGAUAAUAAUUAUCAGUUAAAAACACUUCCAUAUAAUCCAUUUAAAGGAUCAUUCAAUAAUGAAGAAGUUCCAUUGAUAGCAAUGAGUCGUUUAUCUAAACUAUCAAAAACAGGUUCAUCAUCUACUUUAGGUUUCACAUCAGCUAGUCCUAUACUUUGUCAAUGGAGAAUAAAUGCUGCAUCAGGUGAACGGAUACGUUUAAAUUUUACACACAUGGAUAUAUCUGGACCGAUAACACAGGAUUCUAUACAUACACCAAAUAAUUUAAAUAAUUUACAUAAAGCAUAUGAAUUAAAUCAAAAAAGUAUCAAUCGUAUCUCAUGUAUUAAUGAUUAUGUAGAAAUAAGAGAUGGAUAUUAUUCUGGUUCACCAUUAAUUGGUCGUUACUGUGGUCAAAAUUUACCUCCGCAGUUAAUUUCAACUGGGUCACGUCUUUGGUUAGAAUAUAGAAGAUCUGCUGGGAGUAUGACUACAGGUUUUAUCGCUGAUUAUGAAGCUAUAUGUGGUGGAGAAUUACAAAUGGAAGAAGGGACACUAACAAGUCCAAAUUACCCUGAAUUUUAUCGACCAAGUAAGGAGUGUGUUUGGCAAAUUAUUGUUCCCGUUGGUUAUUCUGUUGCAUUGAUAUUUCAUUCAUUUCAGCUAGAAAAACAUGAUACCUGUGUAUACGACUACCUAGAGGUACGUGAUGGUUUAAAAGAUACAUCCCCACUGCUGAAAAAACUAUGUGGAUCACAUCUACCCACUCCAAUUAAAUCAACCAAUAAUGUGAUGUAUGUAAAAUUUGUAUCAGAUAGCUCAGUAGAAAAACAAGGAUUUACGGCCACAUUUCAGAAAGAAUUUGACGAGUGCAAAACUAUGAAACAUGGUUGUUCACAUACUUGUGUCAAUACACUUGGAGGUUAUCGAUGUCAAUGUGAGAUUGGUUAUGAACUACAUGCAGAUGGGAAACGUUGUGAAGAUGCAUGUGGAGGGGUAAUCAAUGAAUCGAAUGGUACUAUUCAAACACCUUUGUUUCCUGAUUUAUAUCCACCUAAGAAAAAUUGUAUCUGGAAAAUUUUGGCACCACCUAAAACGACAAUUUUUCUUAAUUUUACACAUUUUAAUUUAGAAGGUCAUAAUCGGGCAUGUCGAUAUGAUUUUAUCAAUGUUUACAAUGGCUCAACAGAUAACCAACAGAAAAUUGGCACAUUUUGUGGUGAUCAAAUACCAGAGCCUAUUACAUCCCAUACAAAUGAACUCAGUAUUGAAUUUUAUUCAGAUACAUCUGUACAGCGUACUGGCUUCAGAGCUGUAUUCUUUACUGAUCGAGAUGAAUGUGCUGAUAAUAACGGAGGUUGUCAACAUUUAUGUAGAAAUACAAUAGGAUCAUACCAUUGCGCUUGUCGACCGGGUUUUAAUCUUUACGGCAGAUAUGAAUGCAAAGAGAACAUUAAAACUGGAUGUCAGCAAGAUAUAUCUUCACCUGAUGGGGAGAUUAUCACUCCAAAUUGGCCAAAUGAAUAUCCUGUGAAGCAAAAUUGUCAUUGGAAAAUCACUGUAACACCUGGUCAUCGAGUGAAAGUUAUAUUUGCCGACUUUGAACUUGAGUCACAUCAACAAUGUACAUAUGAUCAAGUUAUAGCUUAUGAUGGACCAACAAAUAGUUCCGCUUUUCUUGGUCAAUACUGUGGUAGUCGAAAACCUGGCCCAAUUAUUUCUUCACAGAAUCAGUUGUUGCUUACAUUUAAUUCUGAUUCAUCUGUACAACGUAAAGGAUUUCGAGCUCAACAUACUACAAUUUGUGGUGGUCAUCUAACUGCUGACAGUGUUCCGCAAACAAUUUAUUCACAUGCUAAGUUUGGCGAUCUCGAUUACGAAUCAAAUCAACAGUGUUACUGGACAAUUACACCAAAAUUAGAUAAUCAUACUGUUCUCCUGAGAUUUCUUUAUUUUGAAGUAGAAGAAGAAACACUAUGCACGUAUGACUAUCUUCGAGUUUUCGAUGGGGGUGAUCCUAAAGGAAAACUUCUGGGUGGUUUUUGUGGAAGAACUUUACCGAAUACAUUUUUGUCAAAUUCUGGACAACUGUAUCUUCAGUUUGUUAGCGACGAUACAAUUGGUGGUAAAGGUUUUCAAGCACAAUAUGAAAUGAUUCCAUACGAUUUUAAAUUACCGAAGCAUGAAAUCGAUUCACAAGUGUUAAUCAGUCAAAUACCAUCUCACUCAUCUUCCUCAUCAUCAUCAUCUCCAUCAUCAGUUUAUUACGGUAAAAACGAAAUGUUACAGCAAUAUCAACCAUUUCAUGGUAAUCGUUAUUUAUUUCCACCAGCAUGGGGCACCGGAAGAAUUCGUUAUUUUGGUGAUAUGCGUAGUUCUGAAAUGACUGAAAAUUAUCAAUCUACUCGACCUUUUAAUUAUAAUCCGUCAUAUCAACAUGUGAAACAUUCAUCAACUAUACAACAGACAAAUCCUAUGGUUUACUCACAAAAUAAUAUUUAUCAACGACGUGAUGGAAGACUUCCUGUUAAUCGAGAUAAUUCCCAAUUACCUUGGCGAUUUGCAUAUACCUAUCCACAGACUAAAAGUUCAUCAACUAUAAGACGAACUGCUACUAAUAACCUUUUCAGAUCCAGUCCGUCAUACACAACAUAUGGUUCUCGUUCAUCUAAGCAAACUUCAAUUCAAAGUAAAUCACCAGCAGAAUUUCUGCAUACAACUAUGCGACCAGUUUCUCCUUUAUUACCGCAAAAUGCAAUAAAUUCAAGAAAGCCACGUAUAAGUAGUACAUGGCAUGUACGACCUGGUCGUAUUGUACACCAACCUCAGUUAAAUAUCGUUAACAGAAUAAUUCAACCAAAUUCAAAAAAUUACCAGUCUUCACCACGUGGUAUUCUUCGACAAGUAAAAUCACAUUCGUAUCAACGGAAGCAAACGGAACAAAAUCCCAAAAGUCCUAUGCGUUUUCAUGUAGUCACUCAAAGGGAUCGAAGACCACCAUUGUUUUCCGGUGGUAGCCAAUGGAAACAGAGAAGUAUGCCUUUGAGUAAAUCACGUUGGGAUGAUAGAGCAUUUUAAUUAUUAAAUAUAAAAUAUAGUAUUGCUUCAUUUUCUUCUACAAAUGCCUCGAUUUUUUUGUUUUAACUUUAUCUAAAUUCAUAGACGGAACUGAUUGUAAUGAAAUUAAAAUAAUUUUAUUUUUGCAUAAAGAGAAUUUUAUUUGUGAGACAAUUGAAUCUUUAAUGUUUUGUUUAAAUGAAACUAAAUAAGUAAACUGUGUUAACAGACAAACUACAUUUAAUAUUUCAAGAAUAGCCGGAAUUACAAUCUUAUAAUAACUUUAUUAGUUACUAAUUUUAAUAAAAACAAUAAUCUAUUCCCUAUUGCAUUUUGUAUAAUAAUUAAGAAGUCUAUACUACUACUGUUAAAUUAGGUAAUGUUUAUUCGAAUAUAUUAACAAACAAUUUGAAACAUGACAAACAUAUUUGAUGCGGAUAUGUAUUGCAUUUUAUGAUUCUAUUACUCAUUUAUUGUAAUUUAUUCACUCCAUAUUUCCAUGUUUCCAUUUUUUUCUCAAUAAAUAAAUAGAUAACGAUGAACACACAAUUUAAAACAAACAAACAAACGAAUAAUCUUUGUAUGUAAUUUUAAGAUUCGUACACGAAAUCAUUUAAAAUGUAAACUUCUUGAAUAAAUAUUGUGAUGUAAUUAAUAUCAGUUGAAGCUUUUGUUUAUUUCAAUGAAAGGUAAUACAAUUUUUACAUUUAAACACUAAUGAUGUACAUGUAAUUUGUAAUUUGUGCUGAUGAACUGCUAAAUAAUUUCAUUGAUUUCCAUUAUUUAAUAUGAAUUUUAAUAGUUGAAUUCAUGAGUCAAUUGAAGCUAGAACACCGAGGAACAUGUGAAAGCACUGGACGACCGUCUCGUCCUAUUAUGAGACUCAUCAGCAGUGUGCAUCCACAAUCCCACCUUGCGAGAUUCGAACCCAGGACCUAUCAGUUGAAUCACACGAAGUAGGAUCAUGGAUGCACACUGUUGAGGAUUCCCACAAUAAGUAUAAAAUGGCCGUCCAAUGCUUCCAGGUUUUUCAUAAUGGUUAGGCUUCAAUUGACUCAUGAAUUCAAGUAUUAAAAUUAUUAUAAUAUCCACAAAACCCCUCUCUAUUCAAUAUGAAUAUAAAACUGAUAUUACAAC